AUGAGGGUCUCGAUUGGGCGACCGGCCCUCGGCGCUAUACUCGUCAUCAUUCAACCAACACUGGCAGCGGCCGUACUCCCACACAAUGAUACACAUCACUCGAUCUGUAUGGCCUCCAGUCUCAUUGCACGGAACGAUGGCAUAAUGACCGGAGAAGGAGGAUCUUCCGAGCCCCUCCAAGCUGGAUUCACGCAGAAGGCCUUCACUGCCCUACUCGACCUGUAUCCUGGAAACGAGAAAAUAAAGGGGUAUAUUGCCGCGAGCGUUGACUCUGUCCUACCGUAUCUGUCAAAUGCAACUGAAGACGCGCUGAGUUAUCCCCUCGAUCGGCUUUCAAAUGGGAAUGCCAUGCUUUCUUUGUCUCAAAGAUCGGAUGCUCAGACAUCCUCGUACAUAUCGGGGCUGGAGGCUCUGCGGCUCAGUAUCGACCUAAAUCGUCGGAACCAGGAGGAGGGCUUGUGGUACUACACCUAUCCAUAUUGGAGCUACCUGGACGGCAUGUACUCUUUGGCGCCAUUUUACACGCUGUACACGGUUACGUCGGAUAACGCAACAACCCUCAACACGACCGCGCUUGAUGACAUGGCCCACCAGAUCAACCUCCUCUGGGACCAUUGCCUCGAUGAGAACUCGGGCCUCCUGGUGCAUGGAUACGACGCGAGUGGCACAGCUGUGUGGGCUGAUCCUGUCACAGGCGCCAGCCCACACGUAUGGGGUCGGAGUCUCGGGUGGUAUGUCAUGGCGCUAGUGGACACGCUUGAGGUUAUCCAGGACCAACCCCAGACCUGCCAGUACAGGGAGCCGCUGCUCCAGAAGUUCCAGUCCCUCGCGGAUGCGGUGAUCCGGGCAGUGGACUCAGACACGGGCGGCUGGUGGCAGGUCCUGGACCAACCCGGCCGCGAGGGGAACUACAUUGAGUCGAGCGGCAGCGCCAUGUUCACAUAUGCGCUGCUCAAGGGCGCAAGGUUGGGGUAUUACAAACCUGGAAAUACGUCAGCCGUUUCGAUAGAGGUCGCGAAGAGAGCAUACAACUACUUGAGUGAGAGUUUUGUCGUGUACGAGGGAGAUGGUACUCUUGGAUACAAUGGAACCGUGGCUGUGUGCAGCUUGAACUCUACGGCUUCGUACGAGUACUACGUUUCCCAGCCCAUCAAGUAUAACAGUGUGCUCGGCUCUGCUGCGUACAUUCUUGCUUCCCUCGAGAUCGAGCGUCUCGAGGGACAGGUGCAUUGA